UUAGGGUAAAAAUAAAAGUCAAGUUGUCAGCUAGAAGGAAAGAAGAGAGACCAGGCAUCUCAGUGUAUUUGUAUUCUCUUGGCCUCCCUUUGUAGACUGAUAUUUCUUACCGAGGAAGGUUGUUUAUCAGGGCUGGUGUAGCUAUGAAUUUCACAGACAUUUUGGAUCAUGCCCUGCAGAUCUUAGUGGCACUUCUAAAUGUUAGAGGUGCUAAGUAUUUCUUUCCUACAUUUAUCUGUUCAUGCACAAGUUAGCUGGGAUUACAUCGGGGCAGUGUUACUUAACUAAAACUUGUCUUUUCAUUUUGCGAUGCAGAGCCUCACAAUGACACAAAGAGAGCCCCCGGAAGUAGUUUCUCCACUGGAAAAUAUAGAGGCUCAAACAGCCAAAAUUCUGCAAGAGUUGUUUGAACAGCUUCCAGAAGAAGAUCAGGAAUUUUUGCAACGUGGCUCAAUCUUCCUUGGACUAAAUGCAAGCGUGUGUGGCUUAAUAGCAAACAGUUCAUUCAGGAAAAUCCUAAAUAUCUCACAGGCUCGUAUAGUAUCUACAUUGCCAACUAUUUUCAUCCCAUUAACCUCAACAUACGUAGCUUGCAGCAGUUUAAUAGUCCAGCCUUUAUUGACAGAUGAUCUAAAUUGUUUAUCCUGCGCUGUAGUCAGAGGAGGAUUCAUUGGGUCUGUUGUAGGUGCUCUGUACCCCGUUACAUUGGCUUUGUUUCUAAAUGGAGCCCUGGCAGCAAGGUACAGCACGGCUCCCUUGCCACAUUUAAGGAGUUCGUUACGCUUCUGGAUCACUGCUUCUAGACCAGUCUUUAAAAAGAUGAGUCUUGUCCUGGCUCUACAAACCAUGGCUGGAGCUUACCUUGGAUUCCGCAGUCAUGGAAUAUAUCUUAAAAUGUUUCAGAUACCUCAAACUAAAAAUGGCCUUAAAGAUUAAAUGUGAUAACUAGA